CCCACUAGAGUCUGGAUGGGAAGUCGAUAGCGAGUGGUGCGGUGGACGGAAUCAUAAACGUAUUUGACGUGGCCACUGGAGCUCUCCUGCACACUCUGGAGGGCCACACCGUGCCAGUCAGAUCUCUCUGCUUCUCUCCUGAUUCCCAGCUUCUCGUUACCGCCUCUGACGACAGGGACAUGAAGAUCUAUAUAUGACGUUCAACAUGCAAGUCUAACUGGCACUCUCUCCGGCCACAGUUCCUGGGUCCUGUCUGUAGCUUAUUGCCCCGACAACCAACACUUUGUCACCGGAUCCAGUGAUAAGACAGUGAAGAUAUGGGAUGGCAGUAACAGAGAGUGUCUCCACACUUUCAAAGACCAUAGUGACCAGGUCUGGAGUGUCAGUGUCGAUGGUAUACUGGUGGUAUAUAAGGUUGUCAGUGUUUCAGAAGAUAAAUCUCUCAUUGUCUAUUCCUGUCCUUUUUUUGCGAGUGAUAACUAAGCCAAAGGCGCAUGCGCACUAUAUCAUACGAUCGCGCGGCGCGGACGAUCGAUUGGGGUCCAGGACGAUAAUGACGACCUUAUUUUAUACGCCUGAGGCCAGA